UGAAGAAGGGGCGGAGAAAGCUUCCUUUCCGGCAAAGUGGACAGAAACGUCAGCAGGACAACGCUGACAGACUUCCCGAAAAGUUUUUGCCCUGGUGUCCAACCAGCCCCGAUAUGGCCCCCAGUGUUCAGCUAAAGGAGGCGAUGGCCGAUGUGCACGAAGGGAUCCGUGCCAUUCUGCUCGGACCUCCUGGAGCCGGGAAAGGCACUCAGGCCCCUCGACUAGCAGAGAAGUACUGUGUUUGCCACCUGGCCACUGGAGACAUGCUGAGAGCCAUGGUGGCUUCAGGCUCUGAGCUGGGAAAGAGACUGAAGGAAACCAUGGAUUCUGGCAAACUGGUCAGUGAUGAAAUGGUGGUGGAGCUCAUAGAGAAGAAUCUGGACACUCCUCCAUGCAAGAAUGGCUUCCUGCUAGAUGGAUUUCCUAGAACUGUCAAACAAGCCGAGAUGCUGGAUGACUUGUUGGAUAAGAGACAGGAGAAGCUGGACUCUGUGAUCGAGUUUUCUGUGGAUGAUUCUCUCCUGGUGCGAAGGAUCUGUGGCAGACUGAUUCAUCAGCCCAGUGGUCGCUCCUACCAUGAGGAGUUCAACCCCCCCAAAGAGCCCAUGAAGGAUGAUGUGACGGGCGAGCCGCUCAUCCGCCGCAGCGACGACAACGAGACGACGCUCCGCUCGCGUCUGGACGCCUACCACCGGCAGACGGCCCCCCUGGUGCAGUACUACAGCGCCAGAGGCAUCCACACAGCCAUCGACGCAGCCCAGAGCCCGAAUGUGGUGUUGGCUUCAAUCAUGGCCGCCUUCUCUGCUGCUACAGAAGUCCCGGCCCGCGCCGCCGCCUCUGGCUGAAUCCUGAGCGGUUUCAUCGAGGUGGGGGGAUUGAUGGCGGCAGUCCAAUGGAGGAUUGGGGGGCAGAUUCACAUGAGGGGAAGUUCUUUCAUAAAUUAUGAUUUUUGGUGGUGUUGGAUUGUCUUUUCAGCCCAUUUUUAUUCCCUGUAGAUUGUGAAUGGAGCCUCAUGCGUUUCCUUCAAUAAACAUCUUGCUUUUCUACAAUCAC